AACCACUAACUCUACCAAGCACCACAACUUCUCACCACCGCGCACGUUAGCACAAACUCAUGGCCACCGCAACGGCUACGGCAGCGGCAACGUCCUCCUUCAUGGGGACGCGCCUCCUGGACGCGCAUUCCGGGUCAGGGAGGAUCCAGGCACGAUUCGGGUUCGGGUCGAAGAAGAAGGCCGCGCCCAAGAAGGUGUCGAAGGGCCCAAGCACGGACAGGCCGUUGUGGUACCCCGGCGCGAAGGCGCCGGAGUGGCUGGACGGGAGCCUUGUCGGUGACUACGGGUUCGACCCGUUCGGGCUCGGGAAGCCCGCGGAGUAUUUGCAGUUUGAACUGGACUCGCUGGACCAGAACCUGGCCAAGAACGAGGCCGGGAUCAUCAUCGGAACCAGGACAGAGGUUGCGGACGUGAAGUCGACGCCGUUCCAGCCCUACAGCGAGGUCUUCGGCCUCCAGAGGUUCCGCGAGUGCGAGCUCAUCCAUGGACGCUGGGCCAUGCUCGCCACGCUCGGAGCCCUCUCCGUCGAGUGGCUCACCGGUGUCACGUGGCAGGACGCCGGCAAGGUGGAGCUAGUAGAAGGAUCAUCAUACCUUGGGCAACCACUUCCAUUCUCAAUCACCACAUUGAUUUGGAUCGAGGUUCUGGUAAUUGGGUACAUAGAGUUCCAGAGGAAUGCAGAGCUUGACCCAGAAAAGAGACUGUACCCAGGUGGGAGCUACUUCGACCCUCUUGGUUUAGCCUCAGACCCAGAGAAGAAAGCCACUCUUCAAUUGGCAGAGAUCAAGCACGCACGUCUUGCCAUGGUGGGCUUCUUGGGCUUUGCAGUCCAAGCUGCUGCCACUGGCAAGGGCCCACUCAACAACUGGGCCACCCACUUGAGUGACCCACUUCACACAACCAUCAUUGACACCUUCUCCUCGUCUUCUUAAGAAAAAAGUCUUGUGCCUCGUGGGUAAAUUGUAAACGUCUUUCGGCUUUGGGUUGUAAUUAAUCAAACAUUUCACUUAUAGCUGGUACUUGUGAAACUGGUAACUUGAAUUGGAGAGGCUUAGUAGAGUUCUUCUGCUUC